GAUGCGCACGCGGUCGCGUCAAUCCUCCGAUCUACAAACCAUAAGUGGUAGCAAUUUCCCGGAAGUAAAUAUUUGAGGAUCGCGUAUUCUACGCGGCGCUGUUAUUCAGACACAGACGCACGAAACAGAUAAAAGUGUUUCCAUAUGAUAAUUUAUACCUGCAUUAUUUACGCAAAGUACGUAACGUUUGCGUAUAUGCGCAUUCUGUAGGUGUGGAACGCUGCUGUUGUUUAUUUAAGGGCUUAGUGAACGUUCAGGUGAUUUUUUGUGAAUUUCAGAGGCGGGUUAGAGGCAGUGUAGUAAUCUAGGCUGGGGUUGGUUAGUGCUGAAGCCGCCAAAGCGGAAGGAAACAGGACCCAUGCGUGCAGCAAACACGCUGGAGAUCAUCGGCUUUAACUGUGUAGUUAUGCGCCUUCAUUUUAUUGAUUACCAAAGCUUAUGAGCAUCGAGGUCUCUGAAGACAAAAAUUGUCAUGUUUGCUGCCACUGGACACCGCCAUCAGGACACAGGACUUUCACAUGCUGCAUUGUCUGAUUAACUUCAAGAGAUUAAAAAAAUGAGGCUUGUGAGGGAAGGACUGUUUAUAGCUGCUACAAUGUAAAUGAUAGCAGAACUACCGUGUUUCACAGACAUUCCACAACAUAAAAUAUGAGAUGGCAGCAUCAGACAGUUUGACUGUCCUGCAGAGCUCUGCGCUUGUGGCCCCUGUCACUGCUCUGGAGUUUCUUGGAGAUGACUGCUUGUUGGCAGGUGAGGGACCCAUUCUCUCCAUCUUCUGUCUCCAAGCUUCACCUACGCAAUGUGCUUCACUUAGUGUUCUGCAUAACUAUCGUAUCCAUGGAAUACGGCCCAAGCUGCAAAAUAACAAUGGUCAUGUCACUGUUCCUGAACUGGUGGAACUAGUCAUUUUUGGCGGGAAAGCAGUGCGUCUUAUUAACGUCAGGCCUUGUGGCCUUAGUUUGGAGGUGGCUGGCCCUCUGUUGGAGCUCCAGGAUUGGGUGCUGGAUAUUUCUUGGCUAAGAGGAGAGACUGAAUCAUUACUAGGUAUAUGUCUGGCUCACAACUCUGUGUUGCUUUUAAAGCCACAGUCUGGAAACAUUGUGUCCCUCUGCUCGUGUGUAGAGGUGUGCCUUCUCUACUCUGCACUUCUGAUUGGUCCAAGUUGGGAAACAUCAGUGCUGGUAGGGGGGACUGUCUUCAACCAGCUGGUCCUGUGGAGACCUGGAGGGACCAAAGCAGACAGUCAGUCCCAAGUAGAGAGACGCCUGCUGGGGCACAGUGGUGUGAUUUUCAGCCUGUGCUACCUCCAGAGCUCCAGAUGGUUGGCUUCUGCCUCAGACGAUCGUAGCGUUCGUGUGUGGAACGUUGGUGUACUGGGCGCAGAUGGAGGGUGUGGAGUAGAAUCACCCACAUGCCUGCGAGUUCUCUAUGGGCACCAGGCUCGUGUAUUCUGUGUCAGACUCUUACCUGGCUGGGUGUUCAGUGCUGGGGAGGACGGUACCUGCCUACUGUGGGAUUGGGAAGGGAAUGGUAGAGUUGGUCGAACAUUAAAAGGUCAUAGAUCUGGUGGCAUCAGAGCACUAGCUGUGAGUAAAGGAGGUGGAUGGGUGGCUACAGGAGGGGCUGAUGGAGGAAUACAGGCAUGGAGAGUUUUGGAGGGAACCAGACAGGUAAAGCAAAGCAAUGAGGGUGAUAGCCAGAUAGAUUUGGGCUUCAGUGGGCGAGGUUGUCCUAAGGUUGUGCGUUCAGUAGGAGGCCAUGAUGCUGUGCUUGUUUGCACUGAUCGAGGAGAAGUGUUUUUGCAUCAGGAUAAAUCAUGGCAGACAGUUUGGAAUAGUGGUCCAGAAUUUCAGUCCUACUGUGUGAUGGAAGUAACACAUGUCCAAUACCAGAGUGCCUCUUUGUGCGUGUGCGCGGUAGGUAAUCUUAAUGGAGGGGUUCAGGUGUUUGCACUACACCAUCCGAAUUCAGGUAUAUUACUGCAAGCAGGCCAGGGGAAGGUUCACGCUUUGCAAUGGGUGGAAGGGGAUCAUUUGUGUCUGUUGGCUUCUGGUGCUGAAGGACUGGUAUAUAGAUGGACAAUAGAGGUGGAGGAGGAUGAAACAGGCCUAGGUUUAAGAUCAGAGGAGCUAAAGUCUUUCCUGUUGCCUCUUUGCGCGAAUAGAUGGCUCACUGCGGCAGUCAGGCUGCCACAAGGAAAGGGAUCACUGUGGGUGUGUGGAGACCGCCGUGGUUCACUGCUGCUCUACAGAGAGAGGGAAUUAAGUGGAGAGAGUGAAGUAGCUAGACAGAAUAGAGAAGGAGGGAGUGAGGAAGAGCAAGGAGUUUUGAGGGAUGAGAACAAAUGGACUGAGAGUGCUACGAGUGACACUGCUACUCCCAUUUCCCCUGUCAACACUCUGUUUGGUGUCCAUGGAAAGCAAGGUGUGACAAGUGUAUGCGAGCAUCAGGGUUUGCUUUAUAGCACCGGUCGGGACGGGUGUGUGCGGGUUCUGACAGUAUACAGCAACACACUAAAGGUGCGGCGUGUUCAUCGUGCCAGCAAAGGAAUGGAGUGGCUAGAAAAGGUCCUCUUCCUGGGUUCUGAUAUAUCUGACAUGUAUGAGGUCAACAAGAGAAGCAAACAGGAAGACAGUGAGGAAGAAGAGAGGAGUAUAACAGAAGGAGUGCUAGAGAAUUUAGGGGUUGGCAGAAAAGAGAGAGAUGGAUUGAAGGAAGAACCAGAAUUGAAGAAAUCCAUGGGAAACAAAUUGGACGAUGGUGGGAGUGAAAGUGUUGCCGAGGCCCAUUUUGUAAUGGUUGGCUUCCACUCUAUCCAGUUUGUUUUGUGGGAUCCUUUGAGACGAGAGACACUUUUCUCAGCGGCAUGUGGAGGAGGACACAGGUCCUGGGCUUACAUUUCUCCUUCUCACACUCAAAUGCUCCCAUCCUCACACAGUCUCGGACAAGGUACACUGAUCUUCAUCAAGCAAGGAGCUGUCAUGGCUUCUUGUUCGUUGACUUCUAAAGCAACCCAUGUGAGAGGACACACCCUGAAGGAAGGACUUCAUGGCCGAGGCCUGAGUUGCAUUUGCCACCUUGGUAGUGUAUCCAGAGGCAGAGCAUCAUCUGAGGAGUGGGAGGUGCUAGUUACAGGUGGGGAGGACACCACAGUGACGGUGCUUGCGGUUGAACCUGGACAUGGCAUGGUGAAAGUGCUCACUGUUUUAGCUGACCACAUCUCAAACGUUCGGACACUGACUGCGGUCCAAAGAGAACCGAGACAAGAAGGAAAUGGUGACAUGAGGACAAAUACAUCUUCUUCGUUCUCAACAUUGCUCUUUUCUGCUGGUGGGCGGGCUCAGCUGCAGUGCUACCGGCUCCUGAUUGGAUGGAAUGAGCAGGUGAACUGGCCUGUUUGUCAGGUGACUCAGGUUGCUGGUCACAGAUUGGAUGAGCAAUGGGAGAGAAGACGGAAUCGCCACAAGACUGUAAAAAUGGACCCUGAGACAAGGUACAUGUCAAUGGCUGUGGUGCAUGAAAGCAUAGAGGAGAUUCUCCUGACACUUGCCUGCAGCGAUGGAGCAGUAAGGCUUUUCACUGUGAGAGAGGACAGCAGGAAGGUUGAGCUGCUCUGGGAGAAUUUUUACCAUCAGCGGUGUGUGCUCAGUGUUGCCUCUUAUAGCCUUGAAGACCCACAGGGCAAGCAGCAUGUGUUGUUGUUUAGCGGGGCUACAGAUGGUGCUAUAGCUCUGUGGGAUCUGACUACAGUGUUGGACAGUAAAUCCAAGGACAGCUGUCACGGUGAGUCAGCAGGCUGUGAGAACUGGAUCCUCACGUAUAAGCUACAUGCAGUAGGACAGCUGGUCCAGGGUCCAUCUGCUCCUUGCUUCUCUCUCCCUGUUCAUCAAAGUGGAGUAAACACCCUUGUUAUAUCUAAAGAAGCGGAAAAAAUGGACAAAGACAUUAUCACUGUGGCUAGUGGUGGAGAUGACGGACAGCUGUCAGUAAUGAAGAUUCGAGUACAACCCCAUCAAGAGGUCGUGUUUCCAGAGCUGCUCGCUCAUUGGACAGUAACAUUAGCACACUCUGCCCCACUAACUGCCCUGAGUGCUCUUAAUUGCGCAACACUGGUGUCCGCGUCUCCAGACCAGCGUGUGUGCGUGUGGCACGUGUGUUGUGACGGACUUCGGCACCAAGCGACAGUGUUCUCACACACUGCAGAUGCUGCGGGACUGUGGGCGUGGCACAAGAAAGGGUCAGAAUUACAGAGUGGAGACUACGUGGUGGUUUGUGGGCAGGGCUUGCAACUCUUGAAGUUAACGGAGGGAAAAGACCCAGAGAGAACAAGAAAAGAAGAGGAACGACAGAAAGUGAUAUUUGCAAACCGUUUUGUCAGAGUAUAAGCUGUUACAAUAAUUAUUUAAUUUUUUAAUUAAAAAAUAAAAAUAGUUAAUUACUUGAUUCAGAGGACUGACCAAAGCAAGUACAAACAGAAUUUUACUGUACCUUUUUUAACAUUCAAAAUAAAAGACAUCUUAAGUUAUGA